GAACGUGAUGCAGCCAUUGAUCUUUUUCAUCCGGAAAAUGCCGAUUGCGCUCGAAGAAUGAUGGCGAUGGCACGGUCGGCACGGCACGGCAGUUGAAGUUCAAGAAGUGUUCGUAAAAAGGAAAUGGUGUAGCCGCUGAAACGGCGGAGGCACCAUGGCCGGCGAGUUUGUGGAGGGCUGGCUCGUGGCGCAGGUGCUGGGCGAGGGCUCCUACGGAGAGGUGCGGCUGCUAGUGAACGCGCGCACCGGCGCCUCCGUGGCCCUGAAGACGGUCCGCUCUGACCCUGCCUCGGGCUCCGCGGGCACCACGCUGGCGGCGCGCGAGGCGGCGCUGCACCGCGCGUUGAGACACCCGCACGUGUUGAGGUGUCUCGGCGAGCGCACGCACGGGGACUUGCACUACAUGUUUCUGGAGUACGCGCAGGGAGGGGAGCUGUUUGAUCGGAUAGAGCCCGACGUGGGCAUGCCGUGCGGGCCGGCGCGGCGCUACUGGCGGCAGAUCCUGGACGGCGUGCAGUACCUACACUCGCGGGGCGUCGCUCACCGCGACCUCAAGCCCGAGAACCUGCUGUUGGACCACGAUGAUAAUGUCAAGAUAUCCGACUUCGGCAUGGCCACGCUCUUUAGGCACGGCGGCAAAGAGCGCGUGCUAUCCCGAGUGUGCGGCACUUUACCCUACGCGGCCCCCGAGGUUCUUUCGGCGGCGCAGCGCCCGUACCGCGCCGCGCCCGCCGACCUGUGGGCCGUGGCCGUCGUGCUGGUCGCCAUGCUGGCUGGAGAGCUCCCGUGGGAGAAAGCCCACCCUGACUGCGCCAACUACGCAGCCUGGCUCUCCGGCGGCGGCGCGCGGCCGUGGGGCAAGCUCACCACUCGCGCGCUGACGCUUGUGAAGCGAGCGCUGCAGCCGGAGCCCGCCAAGAGAUACACCCUUGAACAGCUGAUGAGGCACCCCUGGACUACGGCCAGCGGGGCGGAUGAGGUCGACUCGCCUAAGGAAGAGUCGUCGUGGCGCGGCUACAGCUCGCAGCCGGCGGCGGCGGCGGGCGCGCUGUCGGCGGCCGACAUGGACGACAUGCUCAGCUACUCGCAGCCCGCGCACGCCGACGACAUGUUGCUGGCGACACAGAGCGACAGGCAGACGCAGCUCACGCAACAGAGCGUGCUCCAGCGCCUAGUCCGGCGCAUGACGCGCGUGUGGGUGCGCGUGGACGAGGCGGCGGCGCUCCACGCGCUGUGCGGGGUGCUGAGCGAGCAGCACUACCAGCACCACUAUGUGCACCCGAGGAUCCUGGCCAUCGAAUGCGGCUCUGGCCUCAAGAUGCGCGCGUGGGCGCUGCGAGCGGGCGCGGCCAGCGGGGACCCCACAGUUCUGUUGGAGUUCCGCCGCUCCCGGGGCUGCGGGCUCGAGUUCAAGCGCCGCUACCUGCAGAUCAAGCAGGCCCUGGCUUCCAUCGCCGCGCCCCCGCCGCCCCUGAGCCGGGACCUGUUGGCGCCCCCCAUAGCCUCGCAGGAUGUAGGCGAAGCCAUGGAUGAGACGUGACGUGGAGGUUUAUGUCAGUGUAUGAGAUGUUUGGCUUACUUAGUUGCGUUCCCAGUAGGCAAACUGUUAGUGGCGAAACGGUUUAGUAUGCCGAGUGUUCACAGUUAGCUCAUUUACGCUGACUCAACGCGAUUUGCAGCAUUACAUGCCCCGAUGAGUAACGAGCGAACAGUUAGGCUACUGGGAUCGCAAGCUUAAGUUAAAGUUUGUAAUCGAAAGAGCUGUUAAAUUGAUGUUCAAGUUAAAUGGUCUGAUUUUUAAUAGUGUGAUUGUUUUAAAUAUGUAGUAGGUUAGAGCUUCCACGACUGCCAUGGUUUCUGAAGCCAUAAUGAGAUGUGUUUGAACGUAGUGGAAUGUUCCAAGUCAGAUUAAUUAUUCAUAAAACAAAUCUGAUUUAGCGAAGCAUGUUUUUAAGUAUAUUUUAGUGAAGUCGCCGUCUGUAAGAUAAUUCAAGGCGCAAGGAUGUUUGUUUUAGAUUUAGAUAUUUUUUUAACCUAAGUAUGUAUGUGUAAGUAAAGCUGGGCAUCCGCCAUGUGAUAAAUGACACUGUUAAUCUGCACAAUAGCGUUUAAAACAUAUUUUUGUACUUGUUAAUACUUUUAUAUUUAAGACUGAAUCAUUUGAUACUUUUAAAAAGAUACAAAUAUAAAAUCAUUUAAUUA